UGUUCAUGUCACAAACAUUGGGUAAUAUGGGGCAUGAUGAGCCACAGUCUGUUGAAAUCACUGGAGGCCUCUGUACUGGAUCAAUAACUGUUCUUGCAAGAGAUGAAUCCAUGUCUGUUUCCUAACUAGGGGUGAAGAUGUAACAGAUUUUCUUCCUCCGCCUGACUACAUACUGAUGGCAGACUGUAUCUACUAUGAAGAGUCGCUGGAGCCUUUGCUCAAGACCUUGAAGGACCUCUCUGGCCCUGAUACCUGCAUCCUUUGCUGCUAUGAAGAAAGGACCAUGGGGAAAAACCCAGAGGUGGAGAAAAGGUAUUUUGAGCUCCUUCAGAAGGACUUUGAGUUGGAAAAAGUUCCCUUGGAAGAGCACGACGAGGAGUACCGCAGUGAGGACAUCCACAUCUUUACCAUCCGAAGGAAAGUAACGGUAGGUGGUAGCUGUGAUUGUUCUGGAGAAGAAGACAUUGAACCAGGCAUGGGCAUACCUGGAGGAAGGAGAAGGACUCCCCUCUCUGUGGAAGAAGCACAGCCAGACUUCCAUCUCUUCUCUUAG